AUGGUGCAGCUGGGACGGGUAGCGGGCACGGAGGUGGCGCAGCCGUUGCGCUGCGGCCCUUUCCCGGGUGCCGUGCUGACGACAUCCGCCCACUCCCGCGACAGUGUGAAGCCGGAGAGCCUGCUGCUGCGGCUGGGCGAGUACAACCUGGAGGACGAGUCGGAGCCGUACACGUUCGUCGAGCGUCGCGUGGAGCUGAUCGCCAUCCACCCCGAGUUUGACCCGGCCACCUUCGAAUACGACCUGGCCAUGCUCAGGUUCUACGAGCCGGUGCAGUUUGCGCCAAACAUCGUGCCCAUCUGCCUGCCGCAGGGCGAUGACGACUACCUAAACAGGACCGCCUGGGUCACGGGCUGGGGCCGACUCUACCAGAACGGGCCGCUGCCGUCCAAGCUGCACGAGGUGGCGGUGCCAGUACUGACCAACGCCGCCUGCGAGGGCAUGUACCGCGAGGCGGGCUUCAUCGAGCACCUACCGGACAUCUUCCUGUGCGCCGGCUGGGCCGCCGGUGGGAGGGACUCGUGCGAGGGCGACUCGGGCGGCCCGCUGGCGCUCAAGCGCGAGGACUCGGACAGCUACGAGCUGAUCGGCAUCAUCAGCUGGGGCAUUGGCUGCGCGCAACGCAACCAGCCCGGCGUCUACACGCGCAUCACCUACUUCCGGCGGUGGAUAGAGCAGAUAAUGCUGUUCUAGCGCGAGGCCGUGCGCGCUGGGGACCUUCUGUGAUCGCGCCGCGCGAGAGGGACCGGCGUCGAGCGGACCGCCGAGGUGGACCGCGGUCCGGCCGGCCGGACCGCGGAUCGCGCGAGGUCCCGGCGGGGACCGCGCCGAGGACCACCACAAACCGGCGUCGGUGGCGCGGGUGGAGGCGACGCAGACUCACGCGUGCGCCAGCCGGACCUCUGCCUCCCCCGGACCGGGCCUCCACACUGCCGCGAGCCCGCACGGCGGGGACGGCUCGGCCGCGGCCCGCUCGCCGCGACGAACGAGACACCGGCGUGAUGCCUCACACCAGCCAACGCAGUGCACACAAUGUCUCCCCGAGACUCACGACCUUAACACAGCUGGUAAUCUCGUGAUGCCGCCACGGGACGGACGAUCGCUGGCCCACCGCUGGUCCGUGAGGAUUUGACAGGGUUCGCUACCCUUGCCCAGCCGUUAGUCCCGUGGGAAUACCACGGGGUUCCACUACCUUGAACUGGCCGUUGCCUUUGGUAAGGAGAGAGAGAGAGGUAGUAAUUACGAAGCGAAGUGAUGUAUUUAUUGCUGUAUUAUUUAUUGCGAUCGUGUGCCCGGGACGAACGACGUUGAAUGUGUGGUAAUGGGUGGAUGGUGACGUACCGUUGUGAUGUUCAGGGCAUACAUAUCCACUCACGGUGCUCCCCGUGGUCUCCAGCGACGCGAAAGGCGUGAGGAAUCUGUUCUCCUGCGUAGAGUUUGUGUGGUCGUUAGUCAGGACAAACUCGAUCGGCUGAGGCCUGAAACGCCCUGAUAGCUCGAUUGGUGGAGAGUGUGGAAGUCAGUGAGAUCACACAGGUAUUACUUGCUGCAGUAUGCAUGAAGCGGAGCAGGCACGGGGAGCGGAGUGAGGAGUAGCAUGUCACGCGCGUUUCACUGUCGCCGCGCUUAGUUCCUCGGGGCCAAAUGUGUUGUUAUGCGUUAGUAUGCUGGCAUGGUCAGUGAACCGUGCACAGUGCGUUGUAUUUGUUAUCGUAUUUUUCUAUAAACGUGCUCUAUUUGAUCACAAUAAAUGGAUGCGCAUGUA